ACCUAAACUGGCAGGGUACGUUGACCGCAUUCAGGGUCCCUCGCACCCACGACCAGGUAAGGAAGUGGGUAGAGCAGGCUAACACCUACAGCAUACCUGUAUAAUAGGACUCGCUGAUACUGUCGGGGCUGGACAUUUAAAGCCCACAUGACACUGAACACAGGUUGUGGAUAGUUGUAAAUGUCAGCCCUACACCUGUAACCGUUACUGUAACAUUUCUACCUGUGGAUAUAUAUUAAUUGGAAGGACUUACAGCGUCAAUCAAACUGUUCAGUGACAAUCUACUUGUUUAGAGGUGUGUAGGACUUAAAUUCAGACCCCCAUCAACCAUGACUUUGUGUGGAGGUGGACACUAGUGGCCCAUGGCCCCUGGACUCUAUAGGUGUGUUCAGUUAUGAGGUAUUGAGCCACAGCUCCCUGGGAUCUAUGUCCCUGACCGGGCUCAAACCCAGCAUGCUGGCAGUAGAUGUCCUAACAGAGAAGCUGCGUGACCAGACCAUCGAUGAACAGACCAAGAAAACCUCGCAAAUCAAGCUGAUCCAGCCCUCGGAUAGAUACAAGCUCAGCAAAAAUGCGGAGGCGACCAUUGCAGGUUCAGGUAAAAAGGUUUGGACAGUGCAGUUAAAUUCUGCAUCAGGGAAGGAUCUGUUAUCAGAAUCGCUAAAACAGGGGUUAAGUACAGCCCUGCCCACGGCCAGUCUUGCCUCUAAUGGAUUGAGUGAUCUAGGGCCACCCCCAAACCCUCCAGCCCCGCCUAAGAAGAGACACUGUAGGUCCCUUACAGUCCCUGUUCCCCCAGAGCGGCCAACACCAUCAUCAUCAUGGCAACCACAAGAAUCGCGGUUAUGGAAGCCAGUGGCCGUGAUAUCCAGUGACAGAACGCAGUCUGAGGCCACAGUUCUGCCUGUCAACUUCUGUGGCAGUGACGCAGCAUUAGGGUUUAGAACUUGUGACGGUGGCAAUGUGAUGCCUUCGGGGAUGUGUAAUUGUGAACAAGGGUUUGUUGUCCCUGGUGAUAUCUUCACCCCACCUGAAUCACCAGUCCCCCGUCCAUCUUCUACAUCUACAUGUUCUGGUCGCCAUGACGGCACAUUUAGUCCACUUGGUGCACCAUGGCUUGAACAUUGUCAACGCCGGUACGAUGCUUUCCAAAGCCGGAGUCUUUCAUUUGAGGAUCAAAUCUCAUGUAGUUCCAGUUCUGGGUCCACGCCCAGUGUUCCCGGGUGUAUUCAUUCCCAGCAGUCUCUGUCCCACCAUCCCCAGCACCAUCACCACCAUCACCACCACCAUCACCACCAUCGUAUCCCAAGAUGCCGUUCACAGCCUUCUAUGACUCAUGACAGAAAAUAUGGACUCAAACGUCGCAGGGACUAUGAUCGUCCAAUGUUAAAUUUUCGCAAAAUGACAGAGACGGCGUAUCAACAAAUACCCAGAUCAGAGUCACUGUCGUCACGUCAGGGUCUCAAAGAGAAGCGAGUUUCCAAAUUCCACGAGGAGCUUGAGUCUGUAAUGAGUCUGAUGCCAAUCGCAAGUUCUCCCAUGGACACGGAUCUGCCCAUCAAACGGAUGAUGGCCGCUCGAAAUAGUCCGAUCAGCGAGAUGGACAGUGGUCGCAGUGACAGUGCCGAGUUCUUGGACAGUGAAGCCAGUGACAGUCUGGGGGAGGGGCCUGUCAAGCUCCUGGGGGAGGGGUGUGAGGAAUGUGAGGGUGGGGAUGAUGAGGUAGAGGAGAUAUUCACACUACAGGAGGACCUUGAUCUGGAGCAGAUAGAGAACCACUGAUAUUAUACUUAAGUUACACUGAUAUCAUACUUCUCAGAACAUACAUGGAAGUCAUACUUCUAAGUAAAUACACUUUUGUCAUUUUUUUUAAGAACAGACUUGUAUCAUACGUAUCAGAACACAUUUACUUGGAUCACAAUUACAUAACACACUUACUGAUAUCACAAUUACAUAACACACUUCCUGGUAUCAUAAUUACAUAACACACUUACUGGUAUCACAAUUACAUAACACACUUACUGGUAUUACAAUUACAUAACACACUUACUGGUAUCACAAUUGCAUAACACACUUACUGGUAUCACAAUUACAUAACACACUUACUGGUUUCACAAUUACAUAACACACUUACUGGUAUCACAAUUACAUAACACAUUUACUGGUAUCACACUUACAUAAGACACUUACUGGUUUCACAAAUACAUAACACACUUACCGGUAUCACAAUUACAUAACACACUUACCUGUAUCACAAUUACAUAACACACUUACUGGUAUCACAAUUACAUAACACACUUACUGGUAUCACAAUUACAUAACACUUCCCAGAUUAGUAUGUUUACAUUGACAACUUUCUAGUACAUGCUUACACUCAUACCUCAGCCCGAAAUAUAGGUCACGGUGACAUUGUCAGUCAUAGACUUUCGUUUAGGUGAAUAGCUGGUUAUAUGGACCUGCGAAUUUUUUAUUAACUGCAGAGACAAAGUCGAGAUCAAUAUCACUUUUCAGAUGCAUAUAACCAAAAACAUGUAUUCAGCAAAAAUGAAAGUCUUUUAUUGUUACAUUUGAUAUGAAAUUAUGUUUUUAAUCAUCUAGCAAGAUGGAACAUCAAAAAUUUAUGCAGAAAAAAACCUGCAUUUGAUAGAGAGCACUGUUACAAUUCAAGUGGUGUCAUAAAGAGAGGAUAGACUGCUACUUUAAAAAUUGUACCCCUAAAAUUUCAUAAUUAACUAUUCCAACCUCUAAAUAGGAGUUCAAAUGUGUCUUCAGGGGUGAAUGAGUUAACAUCACAAAUCACCGACCUCUACAUGAUUAUGAUACAAACAAUGAGAAUUACGAUAAACUGUAUCAUAUAAUAUUGAUAUUUUUCAUGUGUGUCAAAUCUUUUUCUCAAUCUUGACCUAACCAAUUUAGAACACUUGCCAACACACACUGAUAUUACAUAAUUAUUUUACUGACAAUUAUUGACAUUGUUCAUUAUUUUAUAGAACACUAAAGUGUACACUGUAUACCCAAAUACCAAGGGUAAACCUACACACAUUGGUCACAAUACAAAUGUUCUGUACAUACAACAUUGAAGUGUACACCCAACAUCAAGGUAAACACGAACACAGAUACAAGUUUGUUGUUGGUGUGACUACUGUGUAGUGAGGAGAGGUGUGAUAUACGUGAUUAUUUACAUGUACAUAGGCCAGCUACUGUCUCAUCAACAUGUAACUAUACUGGACAUAUCACGCCCCUUUGUAUUCAUUAUCGUCACUCUUACCCUCUACUCCCCAAAGAUUUCCUACAAAUCAGAUCAAAUCAAGGUAGGGAGACGAGGUAUGUAAUUUGAUUCGCUGAUUAAAUUUCUAAGAUGCCAUGCCCCAUAGAGUUGACAAUGUUGUGAGUCCUAAUUAUAAAUGCCAGUAACAUAUGUUGACACCUGUUUCCUACCCGUACAUAAGCAUGACUUUUUAAAGUAACAUCUUUCCAUCACCUCCGAAAUACUUUGUAUCUAUAUUUCUUUCAACGUCACAUACACAAAAAAAUAUAGGGAACAGCUGAUUUUGAAAUAAACAGUCACAUUUAUAAUUUAAAUUGAAAGGAAAA